UGUGUUUGGGAAAUGCAUGCAUUUGCAGGGCUUCAUGGAGCGCCUGGAUGGCCUGACGAACGACGUGCAGGAGAUGCUGCUGCAUCAACGGCGGCGUCAGAGGAGUAGUACGGCGAGCGGCGGCGGCGGCGGCGCCCGGGAGAGGAUGGCCACCGUCGACCACCUGAAGCGCCUCUGCAUCGACCACUACUUCCAGGACGAGGUCGACGGCGCCAUGGAUGCCCACCUCGAGGAGCUCGCCCAUGGCGGCGACCUGCUCGAUGCCACCCUCGCGUUCCGGCUGAUGAGAGAAGCAGGACACCAUGUAUCACCAGAUGAGGUUCUUGGAAGAUUCACAGAUGGAAAUGGCGAUUUCAGCAUGGCUUACAGCAAGGACAUCAGAGGGCUACUCAGCCUGCAAGACAUAUCACACAUGAACAUAGGAGCAGAGGCCUCACUCUACAAGGCAAAGGAGUUCACAAGCAGAAACCUUCAAUCUGCCAUCGAUUACUUAGAGCCAGGCCUUGCAAGAUAUGUGAGGCAGUCACUGGAACAUCCCUACCAUGUCAGCUUGAUGCAGUACAAGGCCAGGCACCACCUCAGCUACCUGCAGACCUUGCCCACCAGGUGCACUGCAAUGGAAGAGCUUGCUCUUGCAAACUUCAAGCUGAACAAGCUGCUGCAUCAGAUGGAAAUGCAGGAGAUCAAAAGAUGGUGGAUGAACUUGGGAUUGGCUCAGGAAAUACCAGUUGCCAGGGACCAGGUGCAGAAAUGGUACGUCUGGAUAAUGACGGCCUUCCAGGGUGCUUCCUUCUCCAGAUACCGGAUUGAGCUCACAAAGAUCGCCUCCUUUGUCUACAUUAUGGAUGACAUCUUUGAUCUUGUCAGCACACAAGAGGAGCGCUCCUGCUUCACACAGGCAAUCAAAAUGUGGGACUUUGCAGCUGCUGAUUCCUUGCCUAGCUGCAUGAGGUCAUGCUACAGGGCUAUUUACACUGUUACAAAUGAUAUCGCAGAUAUGGUCGAGAGAGAACACGGAGUAAACCCUAUCAAUCAUUUGAAGAAAGCUUGGGCAGUGCUGUUUGAUGGAUUAAUGACUGAGGCAAAAUGGUUGACCGAUAGUCAUGUUCCCUCCUCAGAGGAUUACCUAAGAAAUGGUGUUAUCACUUCAGGAGUACCACUUAUGUUUUUACACUUAUUAUUCAUGCUAGGGCAUGAUGCAGCAGAGCUCAUUGACAACAUCCCUCCUGUCAUCUCCUGCCCAGCAAAAAUCUUCAGACUCUGGGAUGACAUAGGCAACGCCAAGGAAGGGUUGGAUGGAUCAUACAAGGAGUUGUACCUCAGGGAGAACCCGGGGCUCGCCGCCAGCGAAGCGGAGGAGCACAUGCGCGGCAUGAUCGCCAGGGAGUGGGAGAAGCUCAACCGUGAGAGCUUCUUCUCCGGGAGGGCCUUCCCCGCCGGCUUCACGCAGGCGGCGCUCAAUGCCGCCAGGAUGGUCGGCGUCAUGCACGGCCACGACGGCGAGCAGAGGCUCCCCGUCCUCGAGGACUACCUGAGGAUGGUGCUUUUCUGA